AUGCCGCCGGCGCCGCCGACAUCGAUCGAUGAUGAGGACGACGAUUUUUCACCGGACGAUGUCGCGCAGAUUCUGUCGCACCUUCUCCUGAACGGCGUCAUCAGCGGCGAGACGGCCUUGCUCCUACAAAUUUUAACCGUGGCGCUACACUUCGACCUCGGCGGUGGCGGCGGCGGCGGAGGCCACGGCCAGAACAACGACGAGGACGCGAUGAUGGCGGCGCCGCCGCCCGGCGAGAGAGCCUUGCAGAUACUCCAAAACGCAAACAUGCCGCUCGACCUCGACCUCGACCUCGACGAUGGCGGCGCAAACAUGCCGCUCGACCUCGACGACGGCGGCGGCUUCCGGGGUGUCCCAGCGUCCGCCGCCGCCGUGGCCGGCCUGGAGAAACAGGUGUUUCAUCAGUUUGAUCACCACGGCGGCGACGACGACGACGACGACGAGGCGAAGGAUAGCGCUGCAGGAUGCGUCAUCUGCAUGGAGGAGUUCGUCGCCGGCGACGAGGUGUGCGCGAUACCGUGCGCCGGGAACCAUAGCUUCCACCACCAUUGCAUCACGGAGUGGCUAGGGUGCAGUAACGUGUGCCCGCUCGGCCGCCAUGCGCUGCCCGUGGAGGAGCAGGACGAGGGCGGAGCUACAUAA